GGGGGGGGGGGGCUUGUUCUCUGCCGCUGUGCCGUUGAGUUUCGCAGAGUUGUCGGUCACACACAGGGGUGUUGUGUUGCGAGUGCUCCACUUUGGGCUCCCUGCUUCCCUUUUCACCGCCAUGGCUUUUUAGGACGCGACGUCACUGAGUCGGUCGCGCCUGACGGACGUUGCCGUGUUGCAGCCGCACGCAUCUCUUUUUUUCCCGGAGGGAUGAUUCUGUGAGAACGGUUCGUGCAAUACAUGCAAAGUCCUCGCUCCGCACUCGGACGGAUCGCGACGCUCGUUUAAGCCCUCGGGUUUUUCCGUAAAAUGAUACCUGGAUCCGCCGCAUCAAUGCUACCGUCUGCAGAAGCCGCGAAAUUGUACCAGACCAAUUACGUCCGCAACUCGCGUGUCAUCGGACUUCUAUGGGCCAUUUUCACCAUCCUGUUCGGCAUCGUUAACGUGACCAUCUUCUCUCAGCCCUACUGGAUCGGGGAUGGCAUGGACACGCCGCAGGCCGGCUACUUCGGCCUUUUCCACUACUGCGUCGGGGACGGCAUCGCCAGGGAACUGGCCUGCCAGGGCACCUUCACCGAGUUUGCCGCUAUCCCCUCCACCGCGUUCAAGGCCGCCUCCUUCUUCGUCGGAAUGUCCAUGAUGCUGGUGUGGGCCUGCAUCGGCUGCUUCAGCCUCUUCUUCCUCCUCAGCACCUCCACCGUGUACAAGAUCUGCGGUUGGAUGCAGGCGUUAUCGGGUGUCUGUCUGGUGCUGGGUUGCAUGAUCUAUCCUGAUGGUUGGGACAGUGACGAGAUUCGGCGGAUGUGCGGAGAGCAGACGGACAAGUACAGCCUGGGAGCCUGUUCGGUGCGUUGGGCCUACAUCUUGGCUAUUAUGGGCAUCCUGGACGCUCUCAUCCUGUCCUUCCUGGCCUUCGUCCUGGGGAACCGGCAGGACGGACUCAUGACCGAAGAGCUGUUGGCUGAGAGCAAAGAGGGAGGCAACGCCUAACAAAAUCUUUAGGUUCCUAAAUUUCUGUUUUCAUGAAGUACCAGUCAACCCUCCCAGUCUGUGGAGGAAAGCAAUACUUUGGAAACAGCCAGCCUGCCUUUCACAAUUUCCUGCCAGAAACCCCAGCGUAGCUUGCCAUGAAAGCCCAUACAUUUUGCUUGCAGUCCCUAAAUCAUCCCCAGCAUUUAGAUGGAGCCCAAUGCACUUUUAUCCCAAUCUGUCUAACCCUUCGGUAACAUUGAAUACACCAUGGCAUGGGCAGAGACUGUUAUUCUGUUGGGAAAUGUAUGGACUACCCACUACCUACCCAAAUAGGCACAGGGUUUACAUUGUACACCUGCAAUAUAUGAGCACAGAUACAAACACACACACACACACGCGCCGACAACUCACUCAUAUGCACAAACACAACUCAACACACGCACAGUACAUUCGAGCAAAACAUCAGCAUACUCUGUAAUUACAAGUAUUAAACUAUGUUAACACUUAGCCGUGUGUACCACCGUCAGAAUGUGUGUCAUGUUUUAUUUGUGAAAAGAAGAAACUGCUCACUUUUAGAUAAUAUCGGGUGGACGUAAAUCUGUUGUGUUUCAUAUGUGGAGUUUGACAAUGAAAGUUUUAGUUUUUUUCUUUGCUCAAACACCCCUUUGUUCCUCUUCAACUACUAGAAGAACAAAAUAUAUAUUUAAGAUAUUUUAUAAGAAUAUGGUCAUCCAAAAGAGAAAAAAACAUGUAUCUAAAAGGAGUUUAAAAGUAUGUACAGUGGAUAUUAAAGAUGUUUUAGGAAUUUUAACUGUUCCAUGCCCUGCUAGCUAAGUUUGCACAGCGCUUCAGUUUGAGAAGAAAUAUAGUAUUUUAUAGCCUGUGGUAUCUACACUGUGACGGAGGCUAUUAGGACUGUGUGCUGCAGGACUUUUAUGCUGCUGUGUGGGGGUACCUCUGUAUGUGCAUGAGUGUGUGUAUGUGUGUGUGUGAGAGAGAGAGAGAGAGAGAGAGAGAGAAAGAGAGAGUAAGCAGGUCUGUGGGCAUGUCUGAGUGAGUGUACGUGCAUGCACAUCUGUGAGUGUUGGUGUGCAACAGUUGGCUUAAAGAACCAAUACGCCAGGCUGACACACAACGGUCCUGCUGGAUAGCUGUCUGCCUCUCUCUUUUUGUCUAGUUUUCUCUUUUUGAUUUUCUCUUUGACUUUUUGACUCCCUUUUUCGCUUUGUUUUGUUGGGACUUACAGGGUAACAUGAUGGAGUAUUAUGUAUAAUGACUAAUGUGGCCGAGGAGUGAUUUCCUCUGGUGUUGGAUUAGUAAAGGCUGUCCCAGCAUCACCUGUGGAUAUGUUCCUGUGUAAAUAGAUAAUCUAUAGAUACCAAAAAAUGAUCAAAUAUUGAGGAGGUUAACUUAGACUAAUGAGAUUCCUUUAGAAUAUAUUAACACUUAAUAAAGGUUUUCACUGUAAAACAU